AUGAUUUGACUCUUUGCAGGCUGUCAGGCUGUCUAGUCACAGAGGAAGGCUGUGUUUCUCUGGUCUCAGCUCUGAGGUCAAACCCCUCACACCUGAGAGAGCUGGAUCUGAGCUACAAUCACCCAGGAGACUCAGGAGUCAGACUGCUCUCUGCUGGACUGGAGGAUCCACACUGCAGACUGGAGAAACUCAAUGUGGAACAUGGUGGAGAGAACAGAAUGAAACCUGGACUUAGAAAAUAUGUCUGUGAUCUCACACUGGACCCAAACACAAUAAACAGAUGCCUCUCUCUGUCUGAGGAAAACCGAAAGGUGACAUGGAGGAGAGAGAAGCAGCCGUAUCCUGAUCACCCAGAGAGAUUUGAGGACUGGGGGCAGGUGCUGUGUAGAGAGGGUCUGACUGGGUGCUGUUACUGGGAGGUAGAGUGGAGUGGGGGAUGGGCUGAUAUAGGAGUGACAUAUAAAGGAAUCAGCAGGAGAGGAGGGGUUAAGGAAUGUUGGCUUGGAUACAAUGACAAGUCCUGGAGCCUGUACUGCUGUGACAACCGUUACAUUGCCUGUCACAAUAAUAAUCCCACUACCAUAGUCGUCCCCUCCUCCAGCUCCCACAGAGUAGGAGUGUAUCUGGACUGGCCAGUCGGCACUCUGUCCUUCUACAGAGUCUCCUCUGACACACUGACCCACAUGAUCACAUUCACCUCCACAUUCACUGAGCCCCUCUAUCCUGGGUUUAGGGACAAGCGUGGCCCACCGAAGACCCUGUGUCGUGCCUCUCCCGGUACCGCCUUAAUUUGGGGUCUGAAGAGGGUGUCUGUGCAGCUGAUGGACUGCAGGAAAACACCGGGGCAGAAAACCUCCAAGAAAACCCACUCCUGUGCUCAGUGUGGGAAGAGUUUUGCCACAAAAGACAUUCUGGAGCGACAUCUGCUUAUACAGUUGUAUAAGAUAUGA